GGUCCUUUACGCUUCAGGAGGGGGCUGCUGUACUAUCGUAAUAAUAUAUGUAAGAGAUUGAUUAGCAUGCUCCAUAUAUGGAUGUUUCAGGACGAUGUUCGAGGCAAUCUCACGUAUACAUAUUUAAAAGCCUUCGGGGAUUCCUAAAUGAUUUCAGUUUCCUAUCUGCUGCUAGUUUGAGCUUCUCUACCACAUCGUGUAGGAGCACUGUAAUUGUGGAACGAUGGUGGAAAGUACCCUUAUCAAGGGAAGGCAAACCUCCAAGAUUACACCCUCGAAGGCACAAAGUCUUUAAGUUUGUGGAAGACACCAAGCAUUCGAGCAAUGUGAAUCUGGAGCUAAUACUCACCCAAAAUGUGGCAAAAUUGGGGAGUCGAGGGGAUGUGGUCUUUGUGAAAAAGUCACUAGGACGUAACAAACUUCUUCCUGAAGGCCUUGCUGUAUAUGCCUCACCUGAAAAUAAGGCACUAUUUGAGCAGGAAAAAGAGCGAUUACUUGAAAAGCCAGAAGAAAGAGUUCAGACUCAAACUGGAGAGCUGACUGUGGCCUUUUUGAAAAAAUGUCAUCUCACAGUUUAUAUGAGAACAGAUCUUACAUAUCAGUUGAACAAGGAUAUUGUUUGCCGACAGAUGCUCCAGAAGCUAGGGGUAUUUGUACCUCCACAUGCUCUGACAUUGCCUGAAGAGCCAAUUACAACAUUAGGAGAGUACUGGUGUGAUAUUACGGUAAAUGGAAUUGACACAGUAAGGAUACCUAUGUCUGUUGUGAGCUUUGAGACACAGCUUGGGCGCAAGAAUAAGCACAGCCUUAAGAAGCAAAGUUUACAUGCAGAAACCAAAGAUGAGGAGAGCAAAUCUUGAAAGAUCAGCUAAUUUGUAAUUCUUUUUUUCAAUGAACAACAAUACUUUCUUCCUUCUGGACUGUCUGGCUAUUGUGGUAAACCGAAUUUCAAAGGAGACAAGUUUGACUUUCACUGGCAAAAGAGGAAAAAUGAAAAACUGCUUUAAAAGUAGAACUUGUAAGUGUUGCAUUUCAACAUUAUACAAAUAAAUAAUAACUUUA